CCUAUUGACACCUCAUUUCACUCUUACUUCAUGCAUGCCUGUGCCCUUUCUUACCUAUUUUUCAAACGUUUCUGUCGCUUUCUUUCUCUUUCUAUCGCCAUUUAUGCAUGGAUAGACGACUGGAAAGGGCCUAGAGCCUCUCUGUUCAUAUGUAAGUGGAAAUCGGAUUUUGUGUCGAGAAGGCAAAGGCAAAAAGUCAUCAACUUUUGGUGAUUGCUGACUUUUUGGCUUCUGGCUUUACUUGCGACUGGUUGAACUAACAGGGUGAUCGUCUCAAUUGGAUAGACGGGGGAGGACUUUACUGGCGUUAUGUUUCGUAUCUGAGGAGAUAGCCUGUUAUUUGUAGGUUGAGGUGUGGAUAUGGCAACGCUUGGAGAUAUAGGACUUGCAGCAGCUAUAAACAUCCUUAGUGCAUUUGUUUUUUUCCUGGCAUUCACCAUACUUCGAAUUCAGCCUAUAAAUGAUAGGGUGUACUUUCCAAAAUGGUAUCUGCGGGGUUUAAGGAGCAGUCCAUUGAGUGCAGGAGCUUUUGUGAGCAAGUUUGUGAAUGUGGACUUCCGGUCAUACAUAAAGUUUCUGAAGUGGAUGCCUGCGGCAUUGGAAAUGCCAGAACCUGAAUUAAUUGACCAUGCUGGGUUGGAUUCUGCUGUUUACCUGCGGAUCUAUUUGCUAGGCCUAAAAAUUUUUGUCCCUAUCGCAUUCCUAGCAUUUGCGGUCAUGGUGCCAGUCAAUUGGACCAGUGGAAGCUUGCAGGGUUCAAAUUUGACUUACAGUGACAUAGAUAAGCUUUCCAUUUCAAACAUUCCACUUAAAUCAGAUAGAUUUUGGACCCAUUUGGUAAUGGCUUAUGCUUUUACCUUUUGGACGUGCUAUAUUUUAAAAAGGGAGUAUCAAAUAAUCGCUUCCAUGAGAUUACAUUUUGUUGCAUCAGAACUGCGCUGUCCUGACCAAUUCACUGUGCUUGUUAGGAAUGUGCCACCAGACCCUGACGAAGCAAUUAGUGAGCUUGUGGAACAUUUUUUUCUGGUCAACCAUCCAGAUCAUUAUCUGACUCAUCAGGUUGUUUACAAUGCAAAAAACCUUUCUAGCCUAGUAUCUCAGAAGAAAAGGAAACAGAAUUGGCUUGACUACUAUAAUCUUAAAUAUUCUAGAAAUCAAACCAAAAGGCCGGCAAAGAAGACUGGUUUUCUAGGUCUUUGGGGCAGUAAAGUGGAUGCUAUUGACUUUUAUACAUCCGAAGUUGCACGAUUAUCAGAAGAAAUAGCCUUGGAGAAAGACAAGAUUACAAAAGAUUCAAGAUAUAUAAUGCCGGCAGCAUUUGUUUCCUUCCGAACUCGAUGGGGUGCGGCAGUUUGUGCACAAACACAACAGUCUAGAAAUCCAACCGUAUGGUUGACAGAGUGGGCUCCAGAACCUCGUGAUGUGUACUGGGAUAGCAUGGCAGUACCAUAUGUUUCACUCUCAAUAAGGAGGCUUAUAAUUGCUGUUGCUUUCUUCUUUCUUACUUUCUUCUUCAUGAUUCCCAUUGCAUUUGUGCAAUCACUGGCUAACAUUGAAGGCAUUGAAAAAGCAGUCCCUUUCUUGAAGCCCAUCAUAGAAGUAAAAGUAAUUAAAUCUUUCAUACAAGGGUUCCUUCCUGGGAUUGCUUUGAAGAUAUUUCUCAUUUUUCUACCCUCAAUAUUGAUGUUAAUGUCCAAGUUUGAAGGAUUUAUAAGCCUGUCUUCUCUGGAAAGGAGAUCAGCCACAAGAUAUUACAUUUUCCAAUUCAUUAACGUAUUUCUUGGGAGCAUUAUUACUGGGACUGCAUUCCAACAACUGGAUAAAUUUAUCCAUCAGUCUGCAGAUGAAAUCCCAAAGACAAUUGGUGUCUCAAUUCCAAUGAAAGCUACUUUCUUCAUAACUUACAUAAUGGUUGAUGGGUGGGCUGGAUGUGCAGCUGAGAUUCUUAGGUUGAAGCCUUUGAUAUUCUAUCACUUAAAAAAUUUCUUUCUGGUAAAGACAGAAAAGGAUCGAAUAGAAGCAAUGGAUCCGGGCACAAUUGGCUUCAAUACCGGUGAACCUCAAAUACAACUUUAUUUCUUGCUUGGCCUUGUUUACGCUGUGGUCACGCCAAUUCUGCUUCCAUUCAUUAUAGUGUUCUACGGCUUGGCAUAUGUUGUCUAUCGCCAUCAGAUUAUAAAUGUGUACAACCAAGAGUAUGAAAGUGCUGCAUCAUUCUGGCCUGAUGUUCAUGGGCGUAUAGUGGUCGCAUUAGUUGUGUCACAGCUGCUGUUAAUGGGAUUGUUGAGCACAAAGGAAGCUGCUCAUUCAACUCCUUUUCUCAUCGCACUCCCAGUUCUGACCAUAUGGUUUCAUAGGUUCUGCAAGGACCGUUAUGAACCUGCCUUCAAAAUAUAUCCAUUACAGGAAGCAGUGAUGAAAGAUACAUUGGAGAAAGCAAGAGAGCCAAACGUGAACUUGAAAGAGUUCCUCCAGAAUGCUUACAUCCACCCAGUUUUUAAUGAUAGUGACAGAGAUGAAAUGAUGGAAGAAUGGGUGCAGGAGCCUGUGCUGGUCCAAACAAAGCGUCGAUCUCGGCGAAACACACCACUAGCCAGCAAACAAAGCUGUUCCUCGUCGUCAUCUGGGGACUAA